GGGAUUGUGCGUCUUAAUAACGGCAGGGGGACAUUUCUCCAUUUUGCAGCGACUCGGACACAAAUCUGGGAUUUUAUUACUUCUCAAAGCGCGAGCUGCAGUCCUGACAAACAGCUGCUGAACUUUGUUUUCCUUUUUUUUAUUCUUUUCUUUUUUUUUCUUUUGGUGCUGAGAAAAAACAGAGUGGUGAGGACCAGCAGCGGAGAGCUUUGAACAAAGAGGCUCGUGGGUCUUUGUUCUUUCUUUUCUUUUUUCUUUUCUUUUUUUCUCUCUCUUGGAUCGAUUGGAUUUCCUUUGUUCCAGAGAACAGCGGCACCAUGGGAGCGCAGCUGGCCAAGACCGCCUCGAGCGCAGAGACAGCCGGAGAGAGCAACAAGACAAACGGACAGCAGGAGAACGGCCACGUCAAAGUUAACGGCGACACUGCUCCUGCAGCAGCUGAGGAGAACAAGGAGGAGGUGCAGGCCAACAAGGAGGAGGUGCAUGCCAACGGCAGCGCCGCCACCGAGCAGAGCCCCGAGAAGGAGGCGGAGCCAGCUGAGGCUGCGCCUGUAGAGGAGGGAGCUGCAGAUGCUGCGACUCCUGCUCCUGCUGAGGGAGAAGCUGCAGCCAAGGCUGAGGAUGGUGCCGCCCCCUCCACCAGCAACGACACCCCCAAGAAGAAGAAAAAGAAGUUCUCCUUCAAGAAGUCCUUCAAGCUCAGCGGCUUUUCUUUCAGGAAGAGCAAAAAGGAGACUUGUGAGAAAGCUGAGAGCGAGGCGGAGCCAGCAGCUCCUGAGGAGCAGGAGGAGCAGCCUGCUGCUGCAGCAGCUGAGGAGGCCACGGCCCCUGAAGGUGAGGUGCAGACCACUGAGGAGAAGCCCACUGAGGAGAAGCCCACUGAGGAGAAGCCCACUGAGGGUCAGCAGGCCAAGGAGGAGGUAGAGCAGCAGCCGGAGGAGGCGGAGCCAGAGAAACCUGCAGAGGAGUCAAAACCUGCUGAGCCUGCAGCCGAGGAGGCGCCCCAAACAGAGGAGGCCUCGCAGGAAACUGCAGAGGCUGCAGCCGCAGACCCCGCCCCCACAUCAGACCCCGCCUCCGAGGCUACAGAAUAAGAUCCAAACCAACAAAACCUGUUCCUGAUGGUACAUCGAAGCGACAUCAUACGCUGGCUUUGAAAAACAACAUAUGUGAGCCAUCAUAUCAAAAUGAGGAUUAAUUAAUUUGGUCAAAAUGACCUAAUUACAUUUUUAGAUUCUUGWCUUUAAAAGCUACAUUUUGA